GUUGGGUUAGGGCUGCGCCUGUCAGUGAGGGCGGCGGGAUGGCGGCGCUUUAUGCUUGCACCAAGUGCCACCAGCGCUUCUCCUUCGAGGCGCUCAGCCAGGGCCAGCAGCUCUGCAAGGAGUGUCGGAUUGCACACCCCAUGGUUAAAUGUACUUACUGUAGAACCGAAUUCCAGCAAGAGAGCAAAACCAACACAAUAUGCAAGAAGUGCGCUCAGAACGUGAAACUUUACGGGACGCCAAAACCUUGCCAGUAUUGCAACAUAAUUGCAGCUUUUAUCGGUAACAAGUGCCAGCGUUGCACAAACUCAGAGAAGAAAUACGGGCCGCCACAUUCCUGUGAGCAGUGUAAGCAACAGUGUGCAUUUGACAGGAAAGACGACAGGAAAAAAGUGGAUGGGAAGUUACUCUGCUGGCUUUGCACGCUGUCCUAUAAAAGAGUGUUACAGAAGACCAAAGAACAACGUAAACACCUGAGCGCCUCCUCUCGGACAAGCUUGCCGGAGAAGGAGCAGUAUGGCCAGCUUAGCAGCAGUAGCCACUACAACAGCCAGAAAACAUUAUCUACAUCUUCUAUUCAGAAUGAAAUCCCAAAGAAAAAGCCCAAGUUUGAUGCCAUAUCAGCCAAUGGGGACAGCGUUCCUUCCUCUCCCGAGAUGCUUUGCCCCCCUAUCCAGAGUGCCCCGUCCGUGUUGGUGCAGUGGGCUGCGUCCCAACAGAGUCUCGGUGCCCAUGAUUGUCCUGUUUCUCAAGGCACUGACAUCCUGAAUUUUUCUCCAGACCUGGCCCUGGACUCCCCUGGCACAGACCACUUUGUCAUCAUAGCCCAGCUGAAGGAGGAAGUGGCGACUCUCAAGAAAAUGUUGCACCAGAAGGAUCAGAUGAUACUGGAAAAAGAGAAGAAGAUAACUGAACUGAAGGCUGAUCUGCAGUACCAGGAAUCCCAGAUGAGGGUUAAAAUGAACCAAAUGGAAAAGACUCACAAGGAGGUCACAGAACACUUGCAGGCCAAGAACAGAGAGCUCCUGAAACAAGCGGCAGCUUUAUCCAAGGGCAAAAAGCCUGAGAGAUCAGGAGUGAUCACUUCCCCAUAAACACAGUCCAGGAACUCUUCCCACAUGAAGGAUUCUUUCAGCUGCAAACCCACUGGUUCCUUUCCAGGACCUCACUUGGUUGUUAUUGCUAUGGAAACCCCUGUGUGUGACCAUUCAAUAGCUUGCUUGAGUGUUGGGUUUCAAUAGCUUGUUCUCCUGUCCUAGUACAACGGCAAGAGUGGUUGGCAGCAUGGCUUCCACCACCCCCAUCCUUCUGAGCCCAUGAACAACACACUUUCAAUGUAGAGACUUUUUCCCCCCUCAUUCGGUUUCAUUAUCGCUGCCCUUGAGUUGGUAACGAAAGAGGGACUGGGCUGGAAUCAGAUUCUCCACAGGCUUCUGUUGCUUUCUCUUUAACUAGGCAUGUAGUGAUGGGAGCCAAUUUUAAAACUCUGUUUGCAUCCAGCUUUUUAAAAGGAAAUACCAAACUCUCCUUAUUUUUUUUUAAUAUUUAAAAUUUUAUUAUUAUUUCAAAACACAAACAGGCAGACACUACAAAAAAAGGGGGGUAACAUACAAAAUUAAAAUAGACUUCCGAUUUUCUCCACAGCAAAACUAUGUAACUAUAUUUUCUCUUACUCUAUAAUUACCAAAAAAAAGUUCCCCCCUUUCUAUUAUCUUAACAUUUUCUUCUUAUUCAUUGAAUCCACAGAUCAAGAAAUCAUUUUUUUCUAGUCCCCGCAAAAAGUCUAUAAGAGGUUUCCAUUCGGUUACAAACAUAGAUGUUGACUUUUCUCUGAUUAUUGACGUAAGUUUUGCCAUCUCCGCCAACUCCAACAACUUCACCAGCCAUGCAUCCGUUGUAGGUAAUGUUGAGCCUUCCCACUUUUGUGCAUAUAAAAGUCUCCUUAUUUAUAGAACGUUUAUGUGUUGCCCUGGUAUUCAGAGAACCUUGAGUCCUUCUCAGAUAUUUCCAUUUUGCGGAAUUGGCGGUGCAGAAUAACUCUGGAUUCUAGAGGUUAAAGGUCUCUGGGCACAAAAUAAUUGGAGACAUCAAGAGGAUUCACUAAUUAGGAUGUCACUUACCCUGUGUUUUUUAUUAUUAUGCUAAGUUAUAUGAACUUGCUUUUUCUUUCUUGAGAAUAGUGCCUGGUGGGGGUCUUGAGCAUCUUUGGCUUCUCUUUCUUCUGUUCUUUCAUUCUGUUUGGGGUCAUGGUGGUGGAGAGAAAGUAAGUAUUUUGCUAAGAUCAGAGGUACGGUGAGGACACUGCUAAGGAAUGUGGGAUCAAUUCAGUGGUAGCAAGGCGCAGCUAUGCAGAAUUUCUAGGGAGCUGAGCAGAGAAUGGGCACCACUUUUCCAAUUAAGUUGGCAGCAAUACAAAAUGAGUUUGGGGUGUGCUGGGAAAGAAGGGUGGAUAGUUCCCGAAACAAUGACACCAACUUCACAGAAAAAGGAGGCUGCUUGAAGUGCCCGGUAAGGUCAACAGAGAAUCCAGACUCCUAAAGAAGGCAAACUCCAUGUUAGGCGUUAUAAGAAAAGGAAUUGAGAAUAAAACAGCCAGUAUCAUACUGCCCUUAUACAAAUCUAUGGUGCGACCACACUUAGAAUACUGUGUACAGUUCUGGUCGCCAUGCCUAAAAAAGGAUUAUUAUAGAGCUGGAAAAAGUGCAGAAAAGGGCAACUAAAAUGGUCAAGGGACCGGAGCAUCUCCCCUAUGAGGGAAGGUUACAUCAACUGGGAUUGUUUAGCUUGGAAAAAAGGAGGCUAAGGGGAGACAUGACAGAGGUGUACAAAAUUAUGCAUGGUAUGGAGAAUGUGGAUAGGGAGACAUUUUUCUCCCUCUCUCUCUCUCUCUCAAAAUACUAGAACCCGGGGUCAUCCCAUGAAGCUGAUUGGUGGGAGAUCCAGGACAAAUAAAAGGAAGUACUUCUUCACACAGCGCAUAGUUAAAUUAUGGAACUCACUACCAUAAGUUGUAGAGAUUGCCACCAAAUUGGAUGGCUUUAAAAACGGGUUGGAUAAAUUCCUGGAGGCAAAGGCUAUCAAUGACUACUAGCCCUGAUAGUUGUGUGCUAUCGCCAGUAUUCGAGGCAGUAAGCCUGUGUGCACCAGUUGCUGGGGAACAUGGGUGGGAGGGUGCUGUUGCACCAUGUCCUGCUUGUUUAUCCCUGGCUGAUGGCUGGUUGGCCACUGUGUGAACAGAGCGCUGGGCUAGAUGGACCCUUGGUGUGAUCCGGCAUCAGGGCUCUUCUUAUGUUCUUAACCCCUGUCCUAAUUAGUAGAGAGAUUAUAUGAACUUUGCAACUGUGUGAGCCCUGCCCUGGGGCUUCUCUUGGAAAAUAGCAAGCCUUCAGAUGCAGCGGAGAUCACUGCCUGUAGGUGUCUGGAUAACAGAAGGGUCAGGGGAGCAAACACAGCAAUCCGAGAUGUGAAAUUCGCCUUUUAUAUGAUUAGAGACAUGUGCAGCAGCUGAGUUUUAAUGUAUAUUUUAAUAAAUAUUUAUUAAGGAUGAUUUUCUUCAAUAGCACUUUGAAGACUUACAAGCCUCAAAUAUGGAGGAAAGAAUAUUGAAAGGAAUACACUGCUGUGGGUUAUUUAGUUUUUAAUCUUGUUUUGCUUUUUUAAAAAACGAACACACAUACCUUGGCCUUGUUAAGAGUCUUCUGCCCUGGUAGGAGUGCCACAGCAGAAACCUAAUUUUUAUACAUAAAACAUUUUUAGGAACAACUGAUUCACAGAAAUUUAACCGAGAUUGGAUUUUACCUUCCUCAGUCUACAAAACAAUUAAGUCAAGGAGAAGGCUUUUUCUGUAAAUAGUGGGGUUUUUUUUCUUAAUUGUGACAAUUUGAUCAUGCAUAAAAGUGGGUGAUUUAUAGUGAUGCUGUUUUUUCUUUCUACGUUUGUAACAAUGGCAGUUUUGAAGAGAUGCAUUGAUUUGUACAAAAAAGAAAAGAAAUGUAAAAUAAAAACUGUGGUUUUGGGGAGGGAGGGAAUCUUUCCGUGGUUUCACGUUUUGAUAUUUUGUCUAUGAGUCAGCAGAGAGAAUCCAUUUUUUCUGUGGCUUGGGCCUGAUGCAGCCAUGGACCAUUGGCGUGAAGCACAAAAAGCUUUUGGUGCUAUUGUGGAAUUUGAUGUACGUAGAGGAUUAAACAGUAUUUUCUGUAA